UUUGGCUACUUUAAGGAUGCAAAUGAAAAAGCACUGAUUUACAUGCCAGCCUCGCCUCUCUCCUCACGUUCAGCACCCAGAUACUGACAGAAAGGCAGAAGCCAAGCGCGUGGUGAUUUUGCACUGCACGCACACUUUGUUUGCUUUGAAAUGUAGGAUCAAACAGGGCCAUGCCGCACAAGGUUAGCCUGUUAGAGGACAAAUAUACUGUAUCUGUCUCUCUUUCUCUCUCCCGCUCUCACACACACUCGUCUCACGUUUCCGCGCUCGCUUUCCAACGUGCUGCUUUGACGCCCAGAUGUCUCUCCUCUCCUGUGCCCGGCUCCUUACACACAGUUACACGCUGCAUACUAAUAAACUUCAGCCCUGAACGGGAUAAACGAGACAUAGAAAUGUCGUUUCAUCUCUGUCACACGCUGAUUCUCCUUCACGCAACAUGUUGUGACAUCCUUUUCCUCCCGUCUUUGCGCAUGUAAAGGACAUUACGCAUCGCCAAAACGAUGUUAUUUAGCACCACCGCGUCUUUAAACGUCCACACUGCGUCGUUUAUUUUUCUCGGAGCUUGUAAUGAACGGAUUGCUUUUGACGGGAACGUUUGACGGGUUGCUGAAGAUGAAUGGACCAUGAAUGUGGACAAGAUAAAAUGACAAGGGGGUGUCCGGCUUUAUAAUCUAAACAUGUACGGGAAAAUGUGCAUUUAUUAUGAGUGAUCUCUCAUAUUGACACGUCCUGUGAGUGCGAGUGUGUGUGAUAGAGAGCGGGCGCGUGCGCACGCGCGUGUAUCCAUCGCCUGUAGUCUAUAGAUCUGUGUUACUGCGCCAGGAUGGAGAUGACGCAAAUGACCCAGCUCCCCAAAAAGUGUUUCAAGACGAACAUGGCGGCAACUUAACACAGGACCCAAGAUGAUGAUGAUGAUGAACAGCAGAGAAGAUCGAAGGCAAUCCGCCCAGAUAAGGAAAGCGCAGCUCGUUCAGCGUCUUUCCUUCCCUUGAGGAGAUACGGGGACACAGGCAGGAGCUUCGGGAACAGAGGAGGCAUGUUGUCACACAGAAAGCGCUUUUUCUCCCGGGAGCCAUGCGGAAUAACGGAGAUAUGACCGCGCGCGGCUUUAUCUAGCCCAGAGAGUCGGAUACAGCUGCCGGGAGCGCUGUUUAACGGGAGGAAAACAUUACAAAUCAAUGCAUUUUGUGGCAGAGGAGCCGUCGCGGUGGAGUCGGCCAGUGCUGCUCUUUCCUGAAAUAUGACCAGGGGUGCUUGGACGUGUCGGCAGCAAGAUGACGGCUUAAAAAUCUGCUUCGCACCCCGAGAGGACGAAAAGCCAUUAUUCACCGAUUCGGAAAGGGCCCAGAGAUGGCGACUGUCCUUAGCCUCUCUUUUGUUUAUCACCGUUUUGCUCUCUGAUCAUCUGUGGUUCUGCGCCGAGGCGAAACUGACGAGGACGCGAGACAAACGGCUGGAGCACACGAAUCAUAUACUUUCAUCCAGCCAUCAGAGAGAGCAGAGUCUUAUUUUUAUAGGCAAUUCUACCAAACCUCUGUGGAGACUUGAAACUUGUCAUCCUGACAGCCUCUCCAAAAACUGCUUGACUUUCGCCGAGGCGGAAGCCGUGUGCUCGGGCCUCUCCGAGUGGAACCUGAGCGAUUUCUAUCUUUCUUUUUGUAACUCCUACUCGCUUUUGGAUUUGUUUUACGGGUUUACGAGUCCGGACAAUUUGACCUGUAACCUGGACAUGGCUGAUGCGUCGGGAUGCAGCCAGUGCGUUCAGGCUUACCAACGCUACGACCGACGAGCUCAGGAGAAAUACCGAGAGUUUGAGCUUUUGGUACAGAAAUAUGAAACGGAUGUAUAUUCGGUGCGGACAUGCAUGGAAGAGUGCACGACUGUCUACAAACACUGGCUCUGUGCCCAGUUCUUCCACACCACACAGAUGCACUGCAGCAACAGGAUCCCCUGCAGGAAGUACUGCCUGGAGGUCCAGCAGAGGUGUCCUUUCAUAUUGCCUGACAAUGAUGAACUCAUCUAUGGUGGAAGCCCCAGUUUUAUAUGCACAGGGCUCCAAGAGGACAACCCUUCAGACGCAGAGACAGAGUGCUGCGAUGUCCGAUGGGACAGCAGGGCGGACAACAGCUCCAAAGGCACUCUCAAAAGAACUCACCCGUCGUGUCAGCACGGGACAUCCCUGACCUCGUCAGCGGCCUCUAGACUGUGCAACAGCAGACUCAAACUCUGCCUGCUGGUCCUCGUCCUCCUUCAUACUGUUGCCACUCUCACUGCAUCCCACAAUCCCACUGGGUUCAACCUCACCUCCAGCUCCUCCAACGAGGAAUGACGGAAUAGCCACUCAGUAACAGUGCCGAUUCCAGUGACGUGACGGACCGUGGGUAACUUGCUGGUACAGAAACUGUGGACAUGCAAUCAAAGCAAACCAAGCAAACUGACGAAGCUAAACAAACACUGGACAAAUCCAAUCAAGCAACAAGAACAAGGGACAACACCGUAGCCUUUGUUGAAAGAGGCUUCUAGGGGGCGGAGUUCUCUCGCACCACGUUUUUUACACUGUGUCAAUGGUUUGGAUUUCUGUUGCACUAGAUGACUACAGGAUCUAAUUCAUGUUUCUUUUCUUUUCAUUUGGGUCUUUGUGCAGAAAGGAUUGGCAGAGAUGGAUGAGUUAAAUGUACAGUAUCCAAGUGAAUAUUCAAGACUGAGUGCGCGUCUAUGUGAGCGAACGGAUGAGUGCGUGUGUGCAUGUGUGCCUGUGCUUGCAUCCGUGUGUCCACUUAGAUGUUCUUCUCGUUUCUAUUCGUAAUCACAAACUCUCUGAAUGCUGCUCUAUUCAUUACGAGGGUUUCUAUUGCCGUUUAUUCAUUGACAAAUCUGCCUAGACAAAUACCAAGACACCCAACAAAAAGCCCAGGUUCAAACUCAGAUUCUCCUGUAACCUUAUUAAGGUAGCCUGAUGUUUUUGUUGCUUGUAUGAUGUCAUUUCCUGCAAGGUCAGGUCAGUAGCUUUGGGGGUCUGGAAACAUUAAUGUCACCCAGUUAUUUGCUUAAGUGCUUGACUGAAAAGGUCUUUGUUGGGAUGUUAUGUGGUAUCCAGACUUCUGUUAUUUUCUCCCCUCAAUCUGCAAAAAGACGUCCACAAAUCUGUUUUAAUGUUAUAUAUUAUAUUAAGAUAUUAUAUUAUCUACCCUAUAUUCUCUAAUUGCAUGUUAGAUCCAGAGUUUAGACUAUGCUGCUAAAGUUUUAAAGAAAUAAAUCCAAACAAUCUGAAAAAGAGGAGCUCUCACUCCGAGUGCCAUCCAAAUUGCUGUUUGGCAGCAUGAACCCAGCCAAUCAGAGCUUACGAGACAAAUUACCCCAAUCACACAGAGAGGAUCCAUCAUUCCUUAUUACAGUAAAGGGCUUACCCAUCAUCUACACACAUUCACAUUCAUGUGGCAUGAAAAACUCAGCGAAAACAAUGUUAAUUUGUUACAGAGAUAGUCACGUCAGCAGGAAGUUGGGGAGCUCAAAUUUGUGGCUCCAGAUAGAAGAACAAAGGCCCGUCUCAGGUGGCAGGGCGUAAGGUAUCUGGUUCUUUGUGAGAAAGAGAGGGAAAAGUUAAGGGCUGAUAUAUUAUUAUUUUAUCUUUUUUUUUUUUUUUCUACAGGUAUGCUCUAAUGAGGAUGUGUCACUGUGACACACACAAAACGAAGCCUUGAGUUUAACUAAGUUCUCGACAGCCUCAGUGUGAACCUGUUAAUAUUACAGGCGACACACCUUUGUUUCCAUCUCAUACAGUAGGACAUGACUAAUGAUUAAUGUUAGAUACACAUACAUACACAUUACAUAUAUCAGUCACAGCUAGCUUUAAGGCUAACUAUGCUAACUAGUGUUUUGUAGCCAUAUUUGUGUAAAACAGGCCAACAUAAUGGAACAAAAUAGGAAUAAAAUGGAGCACAUACAUGCCAUUUCAUUUUAUUCCCUGCCUUUAGCCUAAAAAUAAGAAUAUAAAAAAUAAUCUCUAGAUUGUCUGUAUUAGGGAUGCGGUUACAUAUGCUGAAAUUCCGUGGACAAAAUACAGUCAAUCCGCAUGAUCUGGAAUUUCACAUGAAGCAAAAGUUUUUCGAACGUGAAUUUCGCCACGGAUUCAGAUUUGUUAACCUUUGAACACUCAAAUGUGUCGUGUUAACCAAUAUUAAGCUGCUUAGUUUGGAAGUGACCUCUGAAAAAGCUGUGCUUUCGCUAUACUUUUGCACCUUUUUGAAUGCAAAGUUUCGCUAAUGUGACCGCUACAUUUGGAAAGCAGUGAUCGCAAUAUGUAUUACUACCAAAUGCUACACCAUUAAACUCUAAAUAUCGACUCUGAGGCAAAUUUAACAACCUUAAUUUUAAGAGACGAAAUCAAUCCAUUUACCCUUUUGUGGUUUAAGCUACCAUUAGCGGUGACUUUUUGAGGUGUCAAAAGCACAAAGUGAUUCUUUUUGUUGUUGAUGUUUUCUGAAACAGACUGCUAAUGCAGUUCAGUUUAGCUGAUAAAAAGGCAUUUGACCUAAACGGGAAGAGAAAGAAGCUAAUUUCUUUCCAUUGUUUUUAAAUUUCAGAUUUUUCAACUAAAUGUACUCAGAGAGCUAAUUGUUGGCUGUUCAGGGUUUUUGAAUUUGGGCUUGUUGAAUUUUAUCCAACAUAUUUGAUAUUAAUAAUGGCUUUUAAUAUCCUCACCAUUACAGCUUUGAUUCAUUGCUCUUAGGCUCAUCUUGUCAUCUCUCCUAUCUAAUGUUCUCAUUAAUACAUGAGUAUAUUUCAAAUUAAACCAAUAUGUUACCAGAAACGCCAUAGCCAGUGCUAUGUGUACAAUGCUAUGCCACGCUUGGGGAUGUGCUUUAGUUAAAAUAGCAUGACCAGGAAAGUUUGACCAUAUGAUAAGGCACGACGGCGAUGUAUAAGUGCAGUCUGGCAAGCUGAGGCCUUCGCUAAUGAACAAUUAGAGGAAAGAACAGAGAGAUACAGUAUACCCUCCUGAGAGCUUAUUAGUUGGUUUAUAACCCAUCAACAUUCAACUCAGACCACCUGUUCUGAAACAGCAGACGGAUCAGAAAUGAUUCUCUCUGUCCAUCUCCAAACAAAACUAAUUCAACUUCUCCAAGUGGGCCUGAUGGUAUAGGAGAUGAGAUAGAGAGAGAUGGGCUAAUGACAACAGCUUAGCACCAUUAUUAAUUUUUCAAAGAAGUUCUGUAUGUUUGUUAUAGCAAGAGAAGCGCACACACAUUAACACGAUCAUACACGCAUUUACAUGCUUGUUCACUCGGACAUCCUUUGUAUAUAUACUUGGUGACGCUCUACAAAUCAGGAAGGUUUCGAUUUUAACAUAUGUCAAUGCGGUUAGCCUCGUAAAUAACUGGUCUAAUGCAACAAGUGUUAAAUCAGGCACUUUGUUAGACAAAACGUAUUUCAGCGUAUGACACCAACAAUCACAACAAAGCGUCUACUAAAACAUCUUCCUAAUGGAGAGCGGCGUUGUGGUCGCUCAGAUUUGUCAUGUUCGUAACAUGUUCCUCUGUGUUUGUUGGGAUUCAGUCACCACUCAGUAUGUCUCAGUGACUAACGAGAUUGAAUGUAACAGAUGCCUGCUAAUAUCGCUAAUCACCACCAAACCUACUAUAAGAUGUAUUUUAUGCUUGCACAUGUUUUAUGGUCAUUUCCAAGUACUGAUCCAGCUGUGUAAGUAGUACUCCACAUUGCGUAAUCACUUAGCAAGCAGAAAUACUUUCUUUUCUCUUUCGGAAUCCUGUGGACCUAUGCAGCCCUCAACCUCAGUUGUUUUUCUGUUGUAAAUACGUUUUGAGAAUGCUAAACAAUGUGUGUCUCUGUUUGAUUUGGAGGUUUCCUUGUGUUCUGAGUUGGUGUCCUUUUUUAACUCCUCUUUUGUAAGUGUCAGAGAUCAUUGGUUGGUUUGUGCUGAGAUCGAUACUGAGAGCGGAGUGGUUUCAUCACAAGAACUGUCCUCUUGGUCACAACAUCGGCACCUGCAGGCUGUGAUGCUGUGUGAUGGUAUGUGCAAAGCAAUGACUUUAUGAAAAAAAGAUAAAGGUUUAAAGGCAUAUAGAGAUAACAUUAUGACUAUGACUACUGGAAAAAAUAAUAUUAUAUACUACCGGUAUAUUGUAAUAUUAUAGAUGAUUUAGUUCAGUAACCUAUUUAAUUUUUUUACAAGCAACUUUGAUGAAAUUAUUUAUAAAACAAUCUCACAAGUUAUGAUCUUUUCGAAGGUAUGAUUAUACUGCUAAAAUGAUUAAAGUUGUGUUCUGAUGAAAU